AUGGCGGCCAAAUCUUUGAUCAAAACCCCUAAUUUGAAACAUGAUAGAUUUCUAAGAUCAGACAAAACCCGACAACACACUCUAUUUCUUCCUCAUGUUACUUCCCUCCCCAAUUCCAACGUUAAUACCUCCAAUAUUAAUAGACUCGUAAUAACUUCUUCUUCUUCUAAUUCUAUAUUUUCACCACAGAUUCUAACUUCUCCGGUUGCUUCUCCUCCUAUUUAUCGUCCUCCUCCGGCGACAUGUUCCGGUGCAGAAGCGACGUUACCGUUAUCUCUGGUUUGGAGAGAGAUACAAGGAUCUAACAACUGGCAAGAUCUCGUUGAACCUUUAAACCCUCUUCUCCAACAAGAGCUCACUCGAUACGGUAACUUAGUCUCCACUUGUUACAAAGCCUUCGAUCUAAACCCUAAUUCCAAACGUUACUUGAACUGCAAGUAUGGGAAAGAAACCAUACUUAAAGAAACAGGAAUCGACCAACCUGAAAACUACCAAGUCACCAAGUACAUCUACGCCACACCGGACAUCAACAUGAUCAGUCCGAUACAUAACGAUGAGAAUCAGCGCGCACGUUGGAUAGGUUACGUCGCAGUUUCAUCUGAUGACUCGGUGAAACGUUUAGGUAGGAGAGACAUUGUGGUGACGUUUCGUGGAACGGUAACUAACCCUGAAUGGUUGGCGAAUCUCAUGAGCUCUUUAACUCCUGCUAGGUUCGAUCCUCAUAAUCCACGUCUCGACGUUCAAGUAGAAUCAGGGUUCUUGAGUUUAUACACAUCCGAUGAGAGUGAGAGUAAAUUCGGACUAGAGAGCUGCAGACAACAGCUUCUGUCCGAGAUCUCGAGGUUGAUGAAUAAGCACAAGGGAGAAGAGCUGAGUUUAACACUCGCUGGACAUAGCAUGGGAAGCUCCUUGGCUCAUCUUCUUGCUUACGACAUUUCGGAACUCGGUUUAAACCAGAGGAACGGCGAGGAAGAUAUUCCGGUGACCGUGUUCUCUUUCGCAGGUCCUAGGGUUGGUAACUUGGAGUUCAAGAAACGUUGUGAGGAGCUUGGUGUUAAAGUUUUGAGGAUCACCAAUGUUAAAGAUCCCAUAACUAAACUUCCCGGUGUUUUAUUUAACGAGAAUUUUAGGGCUUUAGGUGGUGUUUAUGAGCUUCCGUGGAGCUGUUCAUGUUAUGCUCAUGUUGGGGUUGAACUAACGCUAGAUUUUUUCGAUGUUCAAAAUAUUUCUUGCGUUCACGAUCUCGAGACUUAUAUCGAUCUUUUAAACCAUCGGAGAGUAAGCUCGAGAUCAUCCGAUCCCUAUGAAGAAAAGGACAGUGAAAAUUCUGCCUUUGAGUUUUUGAAGAGAAAAGGUGAGAAGAUAAUGUUCCCUGAGGGACAAAGAAUGAUGCAUUGGACCAGCGUCGUGGAUCUACUUUCUUCUGUCUCUAAUCAUAUGUUGUAUUGUAAUAUAUUUUAG